AUGGCCGGUAAAGAUAAUGACAAGAAAACAGCACAAAUAAUCAAGUAUCUUGAGGGAUUACCAAGCACGUAUUUCACCCAAAAGGAAUUUGAGAAAAAAUGCCCAAUUAAGUUACAAAGUAGCGUGAUGAAACAAAUACUGGAUGAAAUUGUUUGCGAAUAUGAAAAAUACUUGAUUGGUGUCAUCAAAUGUGGUAACCUAAACAUCUAUUACAUUUAUAGAAACUUUAAUCGCUUAAAUAUCAAGGAAGAAAUUGAUAAAUCAAAUAAAAAAGUCAUAGACAUAAGGGAAAGUAUUGAUGCCAAUAAGAAGAAACUGUUACUUUAUCAAAAGGAGAGAAAAGCGUUCAAAGAAAAGGAAAAACUUGUUAAAAACUAUCACGACUUUUCUAAAUUACAUAAAUCAUUAAGCAAUCAAAUAAUAAACUUACAGAAGAUUAAACUAGAAAAUUUAGAGAAUUUGAAACUAGUCGAUGAUAAAAGGGAUCGAAUUGAAAACCUUAAAAAGUUGAUUCAUCAAUAUAAUGAUAACAUUGAACUGAUACUUGACCAUAUCGCAAGGAAAUAUAAUAUACCAAAUACAAAACUUCACGAUGAAUUGAAUAUCCCUAUGGAGCUAUGA